AUGACUCUAAUCGGAUUAGGAGAUAUCGUACCAACUAAUCUUGUCUGGUUCAGUGCAUAUUGUGCCUUCUUCUUAAUAUCUGAUGUUCUAUCAAAUCAGAUUUUUUAUUUUUGCCAAGCUCGGAUAAGAUUUUUCUUCCAUUUCAUUGCUCGAAGACUUUUACUCCUCAAAGACGGUGAUGACGAUUUGCUAUCAGAAUCUACAGUAUCCCUUCAGAAUGUUCCAGUAAUCAAUAGUCAAUGUAUGCCGAGUCGUAAUUGUGAUGGAAUGCGAGAGGAACGAAUUGGACAAAGACGAUAA